GGAGCUUCUCUCAUUCGGCCAUUCUGCCCUUCAAUUUUAUUUAUUUAAUUAUAAUUAACCCUUAUUUCUCUCUCCUCUUUCAGCGUGCUCUAUAAUCUCUGUAUUUGACAGGAGACAGCAGACAGGACUCACAUCACCACCUCUCUUAAAAAUUCCCCCUUUACGCCUUCCCUUCUUCCCCCCUUUCUCAAAACCCUAAUUUCCCCCCUCUUCCUUCUCUCCUUAAUUCUGCCUUACUAUAAACACUGAGUCACAUAUGGACUCGGAUUCCAAUAAACUCGAUCCGACUCACUCAUCCACCUGGUCACUCCCGUCCGAUUCAGCUUCCGACCAUGUUUUUUUCCUCAACAGAGAUCAUUCACACGAUAAUCACAUGUUAUCUGAGUUUCCUUGGUCGUACGAUGACUCGUCCGAGUUAUCACACACUCAUAGUUCACUCGGAUCUCCUACUCUUGCCGACAUGGACGAUUAUCAACCAUCUGAUGAUACUCCGAUCAUUUCACAAACAGAAGGAGUAGCAGCAAGUUGUAGUGGCUCUCAGCAGCAGCAAUCAUUAGUAGGUGAUCAAAUCUCCGAUGUUAUCGCUCCAAAUCCUUCAGCUUCAUCCAGUUCUUCGGAAGAUCUCGGCGAUAAACGUGUCGGCAAAGCGGCCAUUUCUACAGCUCUAGCUGACACUUCGACUAAAGUUAAGAAAAAGGGGCAGAAGAGAAUAAGGCAGCCACGCUUUGCGUUCAUGACUAAGAGUGAAGUUGACCAUCUUGAAGAUGGCUAUAGAUGGCGGAAAUAUGGACAGAAAGCUGUUAAAAACAGUCCAUUUCCCAGGAGUUAUUAUCGGUGCACCAACAGCAAAUGCACAGUAAAAAAGAGGGUAGAACGCUCUUCAGAAGAUCCAACCGUAGUCAUAACCACAUAUGAAGGCCAACAUUGUCAUCAUACAAUUGGAUUUCCGAGAAGUAGUGGAUUCAUUAGUCAUGAUACUGCCUUUCUUGGACAAUUUGCUUCUCCAUUGAGUACUUCUCAGUCCUCAUUUCUCUAUACAGGGAUCCCAUUUUCCCAGGAAACUUCAUUAAGCCCCAUUGCCCAAGUCCAAGCCCAAGCCCAAGCCCAAGCCCAAGCCAUGGAUUCAGUAAAUACAGUACAGUCUCAUCAUCAUCAUCAUUUACAAGCUCCGAGUCAUGACCCGAGAGAUUCUCCCACAUCUGUGGAAACAACUCAACAAACAGCACCUCUCAGUAGUAGUGGCCAAGGGUUGCUCGGAGAUAUUGUGCCUCCUGGAAUGCGAAAUCCAUGAGAUUUCGGGAGAUCAACAUGCUUGUAGCAAAAACUGGUGAAGUCAAUGCGAGACUAUGAUUAGAGUGACCUUGUAAUUAAGGAAAGGGAUAAAUAUAAAUCGCUCUAAAGCAAAACACUUAUCACAAUGCAAUUUUAGUAAAGAAGAGCAAGUGGGGCAAUCUCAGGGAACGGUUGAAGAACAAGUUGUUGUGCAAACGACGUAGAUUAAGUAUUUAGAAUUAGUAUUUCUGAGGAAUUGAGAGAUUAAUAAAGAUGUAACGUAAUGAUUUCAAAUUGAAUUGCUUAAAAAGAGAGCAACUAUUAGGCUAUUAUGUAUGUGAUAGGAAUUCCUGACUAAAAUUAAAAGGUACAUUAUAUGAGUAUAAGAUGAAAGCAACAUAAAUGCAAGUGUUAAGAUUGAUGUGUAU